CAGCAUCCCAAAUCCAUCGCCGGAAGCAACAGCGGCGUGGUUUGAUUUUUUAUUUUAUUUUUUAUUGGGAGUCAUCGACAGGCCCCCCAAGUCCUGGUUUUGUUGUGUUGGUGUUUCCGAACCGAGAGCGUCCCGAACCCGGCCCACUUGCUUUGCUUUGCUGAGGAGCGUACGAGGCCACCAUCUGCGCCACCAUGCGGCCGUCGGCCCCGAUGGCCGCGUUUGCCUUUCUGCUGGCGGGCGCCGUGGCCGCCUUGCGCGACCCCCCGCAAACUGUGUUCUUGGACAAGCGGCGGGCGAGCUCGCUGAUGUCCCGCCCGAAGCGCAGCGCGGACGGCGCCCGCAGCACUUUGGAGCAGGCCUGCAUGGAGAGGGUGUGCACGUACGAGGAGGCCCGCAAGCACUUCCGGGACUCGUACCGCACGGACAUCUUCUGGUCCGUCUACAUCGACGGCGACCAGUGCGCGGAGAAGCCCUGCAAGAACGGCGCCUUGUGCUCCGACAGCGUGGGAGGCUACGACUGCGUCUGCAAGGCGGGCUUCUCGGGGGUCCACUGCGAAACGGACCAAACGUUGUGCGUCGUGGACAAGGACAAGGGCUGCUCCCAGUUCUGCAAGCCGGGCUACACCUCCUACGAGUGCUCCUGCGCCGGAGGGUGGAAGCUCCAUCCGACGGACAAGAACAAGUGCCAGCCCGCGGUCCGCUACCCCUGCGGGAAGGUGAGCAGUCUGAGUCGCUGGGAGGAGAGACGGUCGGCCAACGUCGCCGGCGGCUUCCGGGGACUCGCCUGCGCCUCGGGGGAAUGUCCUUGGCAGGCGCUGCUCAAGAGCUCCCGGUCGGAAGGUUUCUGCAGCGGCGUCAUCCUCAAGGAGAACCUGGUGCUGACCUCGGCGCAGUGUGCCAGAAAGUUCGACUCCUUCCAGGUGGCCGUGGGCAAGCGUAAGAUCACCUCCGAGGACGGCGAGCAGACGCUGACCGUGAAAGCGACGCACCCGCACCCCCGCUACGCGGCGGGCCGCCCCGAGAACGACCUGGCCGUGGUGGAGCUGCGCGAGCGCAUCGCCUUCCGGAAGGAGGCGACGGCCGCCUGCCUCCCCGAGAGAGACUUCGCCGACAGCGUGCUGAUGAGCGGCGACCUCCCCGCCGUGGUGACGGGCUGGAAAGACCCGGCGGCGGGCGAGUCCUCCCUCCAGGGCCCGCUGACGCUCAACGAGCUGGCGUACGAAGGGCUGCCCCGCUGCCUGGAGACGCACCGCAAUUUGGUCAACAACAGGAUGGGCUGCACGGCCGCCCGCCCCAACGCCGACUGCGGGUUCGGCGCCGGGAGCCCGCUGCUCACCUUGUACCGGGAGGUGUUCUUCCUCACCGGCGUGGUCAGCCAGCCGGCGGGGGCCCAGUGCACCGAAGGCUUCGUCUUCCAGAAGGUGUCGCGCCAUCUCGGCUGGCUGCAGUCGCUCAUGAGCUCCCUCUAGCGGAAGACGUCGCAGCAAACGCUACUCAAUCGUCCCCGUUGUUGUAGACUUUGUCGUGUGUCCGCCAGGUGGCGCUCCAGUACAGUAUUAAAAACAGUAAUGCACUGACUCGUUUAGCAUGUAACUUGUAGCCACUUUUCGAGUGUUUAGUUUUUUUGUGUGACUGACCUCUUCCUUGGUCACGUGCAUGUCAUCUAACCUCAUAACUGAAAUAAACGACACGUUUACUCCCAG